CAGCAGCUGAUACGCAGGUUUCUCCAAAAACCCAAAAUCUGGUGAAUUGCCUUUCUCAUGGUUCGUAGAUAGAUUUAUAAAAAAUGAAAUUUGUAUUCUUAAUCGGGGUUACAUACACUCUGUGCAGCUAUGUUUUAGCCGAUCAGAUCUUUCCCGGUCAAGCAGGUGGUACAUUCAGUCGCGGCUCUCGUGAACCCCAGUAUAAGAUUGAAUUCCAUUUAGAAGACUCACCUUUUCAUCCUGAUGAGGAUCAAGAGUCAGUGGUUAUGCCAAACAAAAAUGGACAGAAUUAUUUAUGCUACUUGCCCAAGGUGGAGAGAGCGAAGAGUGGUUAUCAUGUCAAUCAGAUGAACAUUAGUGGCAUGAUUAUGGAAACUGAGAAACAGGUCAAAUUGAAAACACCAGAUGAGCUACUUGAAGUGUUGAAAGAACGAUGUUUCAUCAGACAAGAGGGUUGGUGGUCUUAUGAAUUCUGCUAUGAGAAGAAGCUACGUCAAGUUCAUUUGGAAGAUGAUAAGGUGGUUCAGGAAUUUAUCUUGGGUGUUUAUGAUGAAGAGGCCACAACUGCAUUCAAUCAGAAUCUGUCUGAUGUUUCUACACUAAAGGAUCCUCGCUCGAAAGAUGCAUCUCAAAGGUAUCAUGCUCACCAAUAUACAAAUGGUACUGCAUGUGAUCUUACAAAUCAACUCCGUGAAACAGAGGUGAGAUUUGUAUGCUCAGAGCCUAGAGCUAUGAUUAGUUCUAUCACAGAGAUAUCUACUUGCAAGUACGCUCUUACUGUACAAGUCCCAAUGCUUUGCAAGCAUCCAUGGUUUCAAGAAGAGAGACCAGUGUGGCACACCAUUAACUGUAAUGCCCUUCCCAAGGAAACAAAGGCUGAAAAGGACAAAACAGAGAAUAACCAGAUUAUUGUGGUUUCAGAUUCUGAAUAUCCAUCUACGUAUGAUUCAGAUGUGUAGUACUGUGGUUUUUGCCGGAACAAACUGAAGUAAAUGAGGCUAUAAUGAUGUACUCUUGAUAGUUCUCAAUCCUCGACAUUGCGUAACUGACUGUUUUGUGCCCUAGAGAAGCUUAUAGUCUGCCAAGUAAGAUUGAUAAUAGAUUCGCACGUCCUCUUGAGAUUUCAUGAAAAACUCUAUAUCCAAGUGGAUCUUGAAGGAAGUUUAGGUGGACUUGUAGCUACCAAUCUAAUGAGAAAAAUGUGUAUAUUAUUUGGUAUAACAAGACUUUCAUUAAUGUUGCUUAAUAUAGUGAGUUUAGGGAUAUCAUAAGAACUAAGGCUAUGUUUGGUUUAGGUACAGAACAGAAUAGCUAUUCCAUAUUAAAUAGUUAUUCCUCAUUUUGGUUCAUGGAAUAAUAAUUUCAUACAAUUGUUAUUCUAUAA